AAUCACGCUACAGUUCCAAUCCAAGAUGGCAUCCGUAUCGAAAACUAAAAAACUAAAUAAGCAAGAAAUCCUUAUUCAUUUUGAACAGCUGCGUAUGCAGCAAAAGACUUACGCUCAAAAGAUAAGUGAGCUUAAAAUGGAAAUAAGAGAACAUGAGCUGGUAUUAAAAACUCUCCAAGAAGUCGAUCCUGAGAGGCGGUGUUAUCGAAUGGUUGGAACAGUAACUGUUGAAAGAACCGUCAAAGAUGUCAUCCCAGCUUUAGCACACAAUUGUGUAAAAUUGAAUGAGCUUAUCAAAUCUUUGGAAAAGCAGUUAGAACAAAAAGGCAAAGAAAUUAACGAAUAUAGAGAAAAGUACGAUAUUCAAUUUAGAAAUGAGAGAGAUGAAGGAAAAGAAGAGAAGACAGCAGAAAAACCUAAAAGUACUGGAGUAUUAGUUGGAGGAAGUAAUUAA